GGGCUCCCAGCUAUUUCCAUUUUCCCCAGUUUUAGAAAUCAGAAUCGGCUCUGCCUCCUUCCCCUUCAGCCUUCCCCAGUUCCCCCCGAAUUUCUGCUACUCUGCGAGGGUUGAGGGAAGCGCCAAGCGACGUCGCUGCCCUCCCCCAGUUCCCACCGGCGCAUCUUACUUGCGUCACUGCCUUCCCCCAGUUCGUCGGCUAAUCCACCGGCGAUUCCCUUAGGCCUUUGCUUUCGAAAGUAAAAGAAAUUCAAUCAGGACUAGUUCCAGGAAAGACGAUAGUACAGAUUAUACCAAUGAUACCUGAGAUGAUCCAGUUUUGCAAAUCUUGUGUCGUCGGAUCAAUUUUGUUUUGCUAAUCUGCCUCAAUAACCGAUUAAUUCGGACAGGACCGGUUAAUCGGUUAACCGAAUCGUAAAUCGGUUCGAUUUUCAGUUAUCACUUUGACUGUUAAUCGGUUCCGGUUAACCGGUUCAGUUAUAACCGAAUCGGACCGUUUACCAGCCCUACAUAUAUUUCUUCCCUGAGCCAUUUCUCCGCUUACAGUAGUGGCGUUGUCUUUUAGCUCAAAAAUUCGACGGAAGGAAGCUGAAAAUAACAAAUGGCGUUAGGGCUGAUAUUGGGGAUUGGGAGGACGUUCAGGAAGAAGCGAGCGUCGUCGCUCGAUAUUCUGACGUCGAAGAGGAGUCCUAAAGGCUAUUACAAGGGCAAAAAUUGCAAGCCCACCGGUUUCCACACUCGAAAAGGUGGUUAUGUUGUGGUUCCUGAAAAGUUGCCAAACUACGUGGUGCCAGAUUUGACGGGAUUCAAGCUAAAGCCGUACGUAUCACAGUGUGGAAUACAGGCUUCCGAGUCAUCUAAAUGAACGUGCUCGGCUUAGUCUCCUUGUGAUGUUGCUGCUCAGUCUGAUAUGUUUAAACUAAUAACUGAAAAAAAAAUAUUUCAUUUUCCCUCCGAAAGUACACCUUUAUGAUUUAAACUGAAAUGGACUAAUUGUUGAUAUUUUCACUUUCAGAUAUUACUUUUCAUGGAUUAUAGACUAGUGAAAGUUUGAGUUUGGUAUAGUUUA